AAAAAAGGAAAGGUAAAAAAAAGGGAUUGGGGCAUUUUAUGUUAGUAUUCUUUCUUUCUCUCAAUGAGAUCAAACGAAGGAGUUAUUUCUUUAUCUGAAGCUGAAGAAUAAAAGCACAGCUUUCAAUGGCAUCUCAUAAAGACAGCCAAUUUUUUGGAGGAGGAAAAAAUCAAAAUGCUUUAAAUGGAAAUGGAGCCUCUCAUGGAGAAUGGGGUAGAGCAUGGAAGGCUGAUUGGUUUUCUUUGAUAAGUGUCAUCUUUCUACUCUUGUCUUGCCCCUUUAUUGUCUACUAUUUUAUAAUGUCAUGUGAUCAGUACCAUUGCUCUUUGAGUGAGCCAGCCAUCCAGUUGCUUACGGGGAAAGUUCACUUCUUAGAUAUCUGGGACAAGACACCAUCUUUCUCUUGGAAAAUUCUAAUCCUUUACUUUUUAUGGGUAAUGUUCCAGGCAUUUUUGUUUAUGAUUCCUGACAUUUGCCAUAAAUUUAUUCCUGGAUUUCGAGGAGGAGUACAGGAAGGUGCCAUUUCACCUGCUGGUUUAGUACUCAAAUAUGAGAUUAACGGACUACAAGCCUGGCUCAUAACACAUGCCCUCUGGUUUGCAAAUAUUUACUACUUCCAGUGGUUCUCACCCACGAUAAUUUACCCAAAUUUUUUCCCACUAUUAUGGUGCUUAUUGAUGUACAGUAAACUUUUGUUUAUCCUCUUAAUAUUCUAUUUUAGCAAAUUCACUGGCAAUUUCUUCUACGACUUCAUGAUGGGAAUUGAAUUUAAUCCACGCUUGGGAAAGUGGUUUGAUUUCAAAUUGUUUUUUAAUGGCCGACCUGGAAUUGUAGGAUGGACUUUGAUUAAUUUAUCCUAUGCUGCAAAACAACAGGAAUUGUAUGGACAAGUCACUAAUUCUAUGCUACUUCUCAAUAUCCUACAGGGUCUAUAUGUUCUGGACUUUUUUUGGAAUGAAACCUGGUAUUUAAAAACAAUGGAUAUUGCCCACGAUCACUUUGGAUGGUAUCUGGCCUGGGGAGACUGUGUUUGGCUUCCCUAUCUCUAUACUCUGCAGGGGUUGUAUUUGGUCUAUCAUCCUGUCCAGCUUGCUACCAGUUAUGCAGUUGGAAUUCUUCUACUGGGUUUGGUGGGCUACUAUAUUUUCAGAAUGACCAAUCAUCAGAAAGAUCUUUUCCGUCGCACUGAUGGCAACUGUAAAAUAUGGGGCAAGAAACCCAAAUAUUUUGAAUGUGCCUACACAUCAGCCAAUGGAACUAAACAUUACAGUAAACUGUUGAUUUCAGGAUUCUGGGGUAUGGCCCGCCAUUUUAAUUACACUGGAGACUUGAUGGGCUCUCUGGCAUACUGCCUGUGUUGUGGUUUUAAUCAUAUUCUUCCUUAUUUCUACAUCACUUUUAUGACCAUUCUUCUGGUCCACCGCUGCAUUAGAGAUGAACAUCGAUGCUCCAACAAGUAUGGCAAAGACUGGAAGAGAUAUACUGAUACAGUACCAUACCGACUUAUUCCAGGGAUUUUCUAAAUGCUUAUUUUACACUUAAUAUGUUUUGCAAAAACAAGUUUUGAUACAUUUUAUCACCUGUAUUUUUGGCUCAUACAAUGGUGUAUGAUUUGCUUACUUCUUAAUGUGUAAAAAUAACAUUUAACAUAAAAUGCACAUUAUAUAAACUUUUAAAAGUUAUUUUUGUUGUUUUUUAAAAAGUUUCUUUCUGUACUGAUUUGUUUUGCUUCCUCCCCACCCCAAAUCCAGAAAAACAGUGCAGUAAUUUGUAUUUCAGUUUUACUAUUUUGGAAAAAGGGAAAUCGUGAUCUAUAAUUGACCACAAGUUAUUUAUCUUACCAUGUGAUGAUUCUCCAAUUAUUGUACUUGCACUGAAAAUUCCGGAGUCUUCAAUACCCUCUAAAUCCAUAAUUGAUAAUUAAUGUUCAUUCCAUUUUGAAAAUGAUAACUGGGUAAACUGACAAGGUCUUUGUGUAACGAUAAACAGUUCAAUGAAGGUUUUGACACAAUGUGCAUCCAAUGUAAAAUAGACAGCAUGUUAAGAGAUAAUAAGUCAUGGUAUCCAAAAUAGAAAUGCCAAUCUCAUAAUUCCCUUUUAUAAAUCAGUUGUGCAACCCUCUGGAAUAUUUUGUACCGUUCUGGUCACUGCACCUCAGAAAGGAUACAGUGGAGCUAAAAAAAAUGUUGGUGAAGGGCAACUAAGGUAAUCAAGGGAUUAAAACACCUUCCCUGUGCAUGAUGUGAAUAAAAUGAAGGAGGAGGAGCUUUUUUCUCCUUCCCAAAAUACUAGAACCCAAUGAAAACUGAAUCCUGGAAGCAUCAAGACAAGAGAAAUAUUUCUUUACACAACUGAUAAUUGAACUUUGGAAUUGUACAACAUGUGGUGCCAUCUAUCAGCUUGGCCUCUGAAGACCAUCUGCCAGGAAACUAGUGGUUUUGUGGUACAGUUGAAAACAAACUGCUGGACUAGACAGAAAGGUACUGCUUAUGUUCUUAAAAGGCCUGAAUAAGUUCUUUGAUUAGCUGUGAUAAAACCAUGAAAUAAGGAAGGAUAAGAAUUGAUGGGUUAAAAUAAUAAUCUUGGACAUUACUAUCAAUGGCAUUUGUACAGAUUCAUGUCUGCCUUGUUUAUAGGGAUUUCAGUAUUUCAGAUGACACUUUUGUUUGACCAGCACAGUAUGUUUAAAAAGACAAUGUGUUGAGAUUUUAAAAAAUCCAUGUCUCUAUAAAUCAAUAAAUCAAUGCU